AUGUCUUACCCACAGAACGGAAUGGACUCAAAGGCUCGCUCGCAGUCGCCUUCAGACGGCAAUGUCGUCGAUCAUCAUGCUGCAGGAGAAGAUGCGCCAGUAGGGCCGAGGAGGAGCGGAAAUUCUGGUGAACAGACUAUGAUUCAUGUGCAACCAUUGAAGCGCACCGAGAUGCAGCCAUCGUACGCUCAGGAUCUUGGUACAGGAGAGGUCACGCAUGGAGUGUAUGGCUCGCUUUUGCAAGGGUUGGGAACUGUUGUUGGAUUCUUUGGAGCGAUUCCUUGUUGCCCAUGCCCCAACCCAUUCCGAAAUGUUCAACAAGGUUCUGUGGGUCUCGUCUCACGCUUUGGACAAUUCUACAAGUCGGUCGACCCCGGUUUAGUCCAAGUGAACGUAUGCACGGAAUCGCUCCGCAUCGUCGACGUCAAGAUCCAAAUCAGCCCUAUUGGAAGGCAGAUGGUGAUCACUCGUGACAACGUCAACGUCGAAAUCGACUCGGUCAUCUAUUUCCAAAUCUGCAACCCCUACCGCGCCGCGUUCGGCAUUACCGACUUGCGCCAGGCCCUCAUCGAGCGAGCCCAGACAACGCUGCGACAUGUUGUUGGCGCACGGGCUGUGCAGAGCGUCGUCACCGAGCGUGAAGCCAUCGCAUUUGAAAUUGCCGAGAUCGUUGGUGACAUUGCGGAUAAGUGGGGUGUUGCCAUUGAGGGUAUCCUCAUCAAGGACAUCAUUUUCAGUCCGGAAGUAUCAGCAUCGCUCUCCAGUGCUGCUCAACAGAAGAGGAUUGGAGAGUCGAAGGUCAUUGCUGCACGCGCCGAAGUUGACGCGGCUAGGUUAAUGAGGCAGGCAGCUGAUAUUUUGGCAUCACCUGCUGCCAUGCAGAUCAGGCAGUUGGAAGCUCUGCAACAAAUGGCCAAAUCAGCGAACAGCAAAGUGGUCUUUGUUCCGAUGCAACUUCAAAGCGACGUGACCGGCCAGCUUGCCUCUGGGUCGGGGUUGAACCAAAUUAUACAGAACGAAUCUGGGACAACACCGGAAGGUUCGUUGGGCAUGGCUGGUCGCGUCGGUGUGCUGAACAGCGUUUCAGAGGUGUAA